AGCGCUGGCAUAAGGGCAGGGCACUGGGCAGGGGGGCAGUGUGGAACGGACACGCUGGCAGUGCAGGGCUGGGCGGGCCAGUGUGCGUCUAGCAGUUGUGGGUUUGUGCCCUUGUGCUGGGCUGAGUGGGGCCGUUCCCGCUGCGCCUCAUUGCCCCCAACCGGCCCCUCGCUCUGCCGACCGCCCCCAUCAUGUGCCCUAUUUCCCCAGUGGGGGCCCACAAAUAUGUUUGGUGCCGUGCCCACAAAAAGUUAAUCUGGCCCUGUUCCAGCCUCCCAAGAGUAACAUGAGACAACGAAUGCACAGGAAACGCCUGCUUCAUGUGCAAAGUUCCGAAUCAGCCCAUUUCUGAGAACAGGGAAAUGAAACUAAAUUCCUCUUUUCUCUGCAGAAGCAGCCAUGGCUGCUGCGACUCCAGCACAACUGCUCCUCGCUGAACUGACUUGUUCAGUGUGUCUAGAUUAUUUUAAAGAUCCAGUGUCUCUAGCUUGUGGGCACCAUUUCUGCCAGGCCUGCAUCACUCAGUGCUGGGAAGGAUUGAGUACAGACUUCCACUGUCCUGAGUGCAGAGAAACCUUCUCCCGGAGAAACCUCAAACCAAACAGACAGCUGAGGAAUAUUGUAGAAGCUUCCAGAAAACUUACACUGGAGUUAACAAAAGAACCAGAAGUUGAGACAGUGUGUGAAAAACACCAGAGGGCUUUAGAUGUCUUCUGCCAAAAGGAUCAAACACUCAUUUGUGUGGUUUGCCAUCUGUCCCAAGAUCACAAAGGACACCCUGCGGUUCUCAUAGAGGAGGCUGCUGAGGAUUACAAGAAACAAAUUCGGAGCCGUUUGGAGAGUUUGAAGAAAGAGAGCGAAAAGAUUCUGUCAUUUAAAUUGAGUGGGGAAAAUAAAAGCCAUGAACUGCUGAAACAGCUACAAACUGAGAAGCAAAAGAUUGUGGCUGAAUUUCAGCAACUGCGCCAGUUUUUGGAGGAACAAGAGCGACUCCUGCUGGCCAAGUUGGAAGAGCUGAAGAAAGAAAUUGAAAAAAGGAGGGAUGAAUAUGUUGCCAAACUAUCUGAGGAACUAUCCUCUUUCAGUUUCCUAAUCAGUGAGAUGGAGCAGAAGUGCCAGCAGACAGCGAGGGAAUUCCUGCAGGACAUCAAAGGCACCUUGAGCAGAUGCGAGAGGGAGAAGUUUCAGAACCCAGUGGCCUUUUCUUCUGAACUGAAGGGGAGAAUCAGGGAAUCGUCUCAAAGAAACGCAUCUCUGGAGACCAUAGUGAAGAAAUUCACAGACUCACUGUCGUUUAGACUGUGGUUCUGCAAAGCGAACGUGACUCUGGAUCCAGACACGGCCCAUCCCGAGCUCAUCCUGUCUGCGGAUCGGAGAAGUGUGAGAUGGGAAUACACAUGGCAGAACCUGCCCAAUAACCCUGAGAGAUUUGACACUGAGCCCUGUGUGCUGGGCUGUGAGGGAUUCACCUCAGGCCGACACUACUGGGAGGUGAAGGUGGAGAUGGGGAGGGGAGUCUGUGAUGUGGGGGUGGCCAGAGACUCUGUGAGCAGGAAGGGAGGGAUCAGCCCUAACCCUGAGCAGGGGAUCUGGGCUGUGUGGUGCAGUGAGGAUCAGUGCUGGGCUCACACGUCCCCUGGGCAGAGCAUCCCCUUGUCCCUGAGCUCAGUGCCCCGCAGGAUCCGAGUGUAUCUGGACUAUGAAGGGGGGCGGGUGUCGUUUUUCGAUGCUGGUACCGGGGACCCGAUCGUCACUUUCCCGCCGGCCUCUUUCGCCGGGGAGAGAAUACGCCCGAUCUUCUGGGUUAGUGCUGGUGCGCGGCUCACGCUGUGUCCCUGAGGUGCCCUGUCCUCUAGCCCCCACCCCUGAUCUCUCUGACCUGGAGGACUCAGCCACCGCCCCCACCCACACGCCCACGGGGCUGAAGUGGGGUGAUGCUCUACCCGUAGCUCUAUGGCUGUGGAGGUCUGUUUGUGGCGCUCUAGGAUCAGUCUCUGUGCUCCUGGGAGGCCAACUCAGGGUGUGGGGGGGUCCCACCAAGGAAGGAGGGAGCCCCACUGUGGGAGAGACCCAGCCGGGGGCCAGGGAGAGACCCCUCAACUGGGGGAGGGGACAGCGGUGGGGAGAGCCUGGCUGAAGGGGCUGGGGGAGGGGAGAGCAGGGGGGAGCCUGGCGGGAGAGGGGGCUGGAGGGGACAGGCCAGAGGGCAAACCAGGCGCCAGGCGGCAGAGGUUCCCAGGAGACCAGGGGCAGGUGUCGUAGGGGAAGCAGAGCUGGGCAGGGAGGACCCAGCUGCACAGACAACGUCCUGCCCCUUGGCUUGGGGCGCACAGAGGCUGGGGACCCGUCGGGCCCCCCAGGAUUCCCCCAAUCAGAGCCCAGGACUGGAGCCCUCUGCUCCCCUUCAGCGGCUCUUCCAGCUGCGUUAGCAGGACACUGGGUGGCGGGUUCGGAGUGACGAGCUCCCAAGCGCCCUGGGGGCCAGCGUUUGAGAUCUGCGGUUCCUGCCACAGAGGCAAGGGAGGGAUUGGACACUGGUCUGUGGGCCAGUUAUUUCAAAGGGGUUUAGCUGUGACCUCUCCUGUCAGAACAAACAGCUCAAUACCCUGUGUAAUCCCGACACUCAACCGAGGAAUCGCCCCUUUUCCAGCAAAUGAAACAAUUAAGAUGUUGAAGUGAUUGUUCCCUUAGACAGUGUUUAUUGAAAAGCUAAUAUUGGCAGAUUGUGUUAUAAAGUUUCGUUGUUGGGCUAACUCUUUUCAGCUGCAGUACAAAUGUCAUUUUCUUUAUGAUUAAGCUACUGUUGUACGAGUCAGUGUUUUCUGAGGUCUCCAAGGCAGGUGCUGCUCCUUAGAGCUAGGAGAAAAAUAUUUUCUCUGCCAAAUUCAUUUUAAAAAUUAAAAAUUUGAAGGAAAAUUUAAAAAUUGUGUUUUGUGGGACAAUUUUUGUGGAAUUUUUCCUUAGUUGAAAAAAAAUAAACCAAACUUAACAAAACAUUUCAGUUCUU